GUAGAAUCUCCCCUGCUGGCCCUUGUAGCCCUUCGUACCCUUCAUGCCCUUCUCCUUAACGCCUGCGCACUGGCCGAAUGCCCCGCGUUGAUUCCAAUCACAACCAGCCGCCAACACUAACACUCGCAGCCAAACACCCCUCAAGCCACCCUGCCUCCCUAUCUUAGUACCUAGGCACGUAAACUGCCCCUCGUGCUACUGACCAACGACAUACAGGCUACACAAUGACCGACAAUACCACAGAAAAUAAACGAUUCGAGCCCAAGCAAAAAGUCGAACUCGAGCCUCCGAAAGAUGACUUGAUCACAUAUGAAGAGCUGAGCCAACAUGAUGGCAAGAACCCUGACAAACCGGCCUAUGUGGCCAUAAAAGGCACCGUCUUUGAUGUUUCCAAAAACUCAGCCUAUGCUCAAGGUGGUUCAUAUCAAGUCUUCGCCGGCAAAGACCCCUCUCGUGCGCUCGCAACUUCCAGUCUCAAACCCGAAGACUGUGUGCCGGAGUGGGAUGACCUGGACGACAAACACAAGACGGUUCUAGACGAGUGGUUCACUUUCUUUAGCAAGAGAUAUAACGUUGUGGGCAAGGUCCAAGGCGCCCAUAACACGGGUCAAGAUUGAUUCGUACCCGUCCUAGCCAAGCAAGACGCAACUUUUCAGGUACGACGUUGCGAACAAUGCGAAUCGCCGGCAAACUGACGUCUUGCACCCUCGAAUUCCCGCGAAUGCUCUUUGAUACCAACUGGUCUAGGCUAUGUAGUACGCGGCUGCAGGAACAAGGGAACGAUUGUCAAUCAACCAUCUUGUCGUCCCCGGCUCCAGUCGAGCAUGCAAUGUUCAACCCUUUCGUGCCUUGCGUGCCUGUCGCUUCUUCGCAAUGAUCCGGUUUCGCUUUGCAACACGGUUCUUCUGCUCC